UAGAAAAGGGAAGCAAAAGCAAACAAACCAAACCACCAAUUAUUUUGGCUUAGCUAAUCCAUUCUCUUCUUUCCCAAGCAAAGUUUUCUAAAAGAAGAAGCCACCACAUAGCAAUUAAAAUUUACCAAAACCCACCACUUUUUAGCCAAUUUUGUUACAUUUUUUCAUUUCUAUAUCUUAGUUCAUAUACCAAAGUCAUCUCAAAUAUCCCAAGCUAAACUCAUAUACGUCUUGCUUUCAGAAAUGUUGGUUUUGUUUUUCAUCAUCCUCUUCCAUCGUUCUCUGACCUUGGCAUCAGAUCCCGAUCCGGUAUUCGACUUCUGCUUGCCGAACGAAACGUCUGCAGGCAGUUCUCAUUCGUUGUGCAAGAACUCUUCUCUAGCUAGAGUAGAAGACUUCAUUUUUUCUGGCAUAAAGUUUCCUGGAAAGUUCAAUGGUUCUGGCUUUUCGUCCAUAGCUGUUAAUUCAAAAGUAUUUCCCGGUCUAAACACGCUCGGAAUGUCUCUAGUUCGGGCGGAUUUCGACGUUGGAGGUGUUAAUGUUCCACAUUUCCAUCCUAGAGCAACCGAAGUUGCUGUUGUUCUUGAAGGUAAGGUAUAUUCUGGAUUUGUUGAUACUAAUAACCAAAUUUUUGCUAAGGUGAUUGAGAAAGGUGAAGUUAUGGUGUUCCCGAGAGGCUUAGUUCACUUCCAAAUGAAUGUUGGGGAAAUUCCAGCAACAAUUAUAGGGAGUUUUGACAGCCAAAAUCCAGGACUAAUGAAAAUUCCAAGUGCUGUUUUUGGAUCCGGGAUUAAAGAAGAGCUCUUGGAGAAGGCUUUCGGGUUGAGCCCCGAGGAGCUCGUGAAGCUGAAAAAGAGGCAUGCUCCCCAUUGAUAAAGCUAGAGCUCUAAGAUUGUUUUAUUACAUCUUAAAAGUUACACACACACAUAUUAAUCGUCGUCAACGGGGCAUCUCAAUAAUGCACUGUUGAGUUGAAGAAGCUUGGAGAUGUCUUAUUCGUGUCAACGACAUUAUUUAUAUCCAAAAGCUUGGAAUUCCAUUCAUGACAAUGAUAUCACUUAUAUUUAUCUUGUUCUACAAGCUUUUGUGCAUAUCAAUAGCAUAUGAACAUGACUCUACAACUCUUUCUUAGAAAAAUAAAUUACAAUUUUUUAGUA